CGCUCAAACACACUUCCCACACUCUCCUAAUUCAGUCAUGCAGUAACAACUACGCUUCAACGCUGCAACUUUCUCUUCGUUUCUCGGUAACUAAACACCGAUGACAAACCGAUCGCGAAAAUCCAAGCGCAAGCUCCACGCGGAGGAGCCGCCUCCGCUCGCCGUCACCAAGAAGCUCCGGCAGAAGCUGCCUCGCCGCCCUCGGGAAAACAUCUCGCCGGUGCUUCUUGUCAGAAUCUCCGGCGAAAAUCCUCGUUUCUCCGUCAACUCGAGCUCCGGCUCCGACUUCGCCGCCGGCGAAGCUUCCUGCAACUCCAGCAGAGCCUCCGUCGCCGGCGAGGGAAACGCGAACUCGAGAAACGAACCGUCAAUCGAUUCCUCGAUAAACCGGAGGUUCGAGAAGCGAAACGCAAACGAAGUGGAGGUGUCAGGGUCUUCGUGCGUGGACUCCAAUUCGUUCGCUCGCGAGCGGUGCAGAAGCCUGAUUCUGAAGUUCAAAAGAGAGAGUAAGGAUCCGGAAGAAAACGACGACGUUUCGGAAGCUCUCGCGGAAUCAGAGAUUACUAUUCUGAAGUUCAAAAGCGGAAGAGAAACUAAGCAUCUUAAAGAAAACGACGAUGUUUCUUGCACGAAAUCAGAGAUUACUAGCGAGGAACGGUUCAAUUCAAAAGCCGGUAACGGUAACGGUAAUGGAAACAUUAAAAUGUCUUUCGAGUCAAACGGAAACGACGUCGUGUCGUUUAGUUCCGGCGUUCGCGCCUCGUUUGAGGAGGAAACGAAUAGAAACCAGGAAAACAGAGCAUCGGAAUGUGAAUACUGUGAAGAGAAUUGCGCGGAUUUAAUAGCGCAAUCGAUGGCGAAGCACGAGUCGGACAAUUACGACGUCGUUGCGGAUCUCACUUGCUCUGAGGAUCUGCGCUUCUCGUACAGUGACGAUGAAUUGGAUUACUGUUCGAGCCAGGGAACUGAGUUCUCUGAAUUUCACUCCGAGAUUUUCGGCGAAUGCUCGCAGCAAGAGCCUUCGGAUUACUCUCUGUCGCUGUUCGUCGAUUCUGGAAGCCAGUUUUCGCAGGGAUCCGUUGGAGAAACUCCUUCGCCGACGUACUCGCUGUUCCUUCAGUACCGCAAGGAGUUCUCCGCGCUAGCUUCUCCUCUAAUGCACGCUUCACGCGUUGCCGAAGAUGAGGUUUCUGCUGGAGUCAAAUUUACGACAUUCGAAGAUUCUGAUGACGAAGAUAGCUACCGGAUGCUGAGGAAGAGGGAAAGGAGGCAGGGUUUUCUGUCGAAUUAUGGUGAAAUAUAUUUCUCUACCACCGAAUUCGGAGAGACCGUGCUUGAGCAACGUGUGCAAAUGGUCCACUGGAUCGUUGAGCAAUGUUAUAGAAAACAGCUUCGGCAAGAGACAAUGUUUCUUGGAGUCAACCUAUUUGAUCGCUUCCUAAGCAAAGGAUAUUUCAAAGCCAAAAGAAACCUUCAAAUUGUUGGAAUAGCUUGCCUUACGUUAGCGAUCAGGAUCGAAGAAAACCAGCAACAUAACAGAGUGGGGCAAAAAGAUUUCUUCAUAGGAAGCAGUGUGUACAGUAGAUGCGAGGUGGUAGCUAUGGAAUGGAUGGUGCAGGAGGUGCUCAAGUUUCAGUGCUUUCUCCCCACCAUCUACAGUUUCUUGUGGUUUUACCUAAAAGCAGCUAAUGCUGAUGCAGUCGUUGAGAAGAGGGUCAAGUAUCUGGCAGUACUCGCACUGUCAGGUCUUGAGCAGAUAUGCUACUGGCCGUCAACAGUUGCUGCAGCAAUUGUAAUCCUGGCUUGUCUUGAAAUCAAUCAAAAUGCCCUCAAAGUCAUAGGGAUCCACGUUAGAUCAAAAGAUGAGAAUCUGUAUGAAUGCAUAGAGAACCUGGAGUGGUUGUUACGCUGUCUAGGAUAACAUACUAAUUGGCGUGGAGGCAAUGACUGUACAAUUCAGUUUAGUGGCGAUUGUUUCUAACCAUCAGAAGACAAAUGGCUUUCUUAUGCCUGGUUUGAUUCUUCAUUAAUACUGAAUAAAUUCCAUUUGUUUCCCUAACUGAUAGGAAGGGAAUUCUAUUCUUUUUCCCAUGUAACUAUAUUGAUUGUUCUGUAUAUCGAUAUAGAAGAAAAAAUUUACUCAUUUUUUCGGAAACUAUGAGAACCUUAACGGAUAGAAAACUC